AUGAGAACUUACCACUACUUCUUGCUGCUCUUUUGGGUUGGUCAGCCCUACCCAACAUUUUCAGCUCCGUUAUCUGAGAGGACUAGUGGUUUUCCAGCCAAGAAAAAGGCCCUGGAGAUCUCCGGAAACAGCAAAAAUGAGCUGAACCGUUCCAAAAGGAGUUGGAUGUGGAAUCAGUUCUUUCUGCUGGAGGAAUACACAGGAUCCGACUACCAGUACGUGGGCAAGUUACAUUCAGACCAAGAUAGAGGAGAUGGAUCACUUAAAUAUAUCCUUUCAGGAGAUGGAGCAGGAGAUCUCUUCAUUAUCAAUGAAAACACAGGCGACAUACAGGCCACCAAGAGGCUGGACAGGGAAGAAAAACCCGUCUACAUCCUUCGUGCUCAAGCCAUCAACAGAAAGACAGGGAAACCCGUGGAGCCUGAAUCUGAAUUCAUUAUCAAGAUCCAUGACAUCAAUGACAAUGAACCAAUUUUUACCAAGGAGGUUUACACGGCGACUGUGCCAGAAAUGUCCGAUGUUGGCACAUUUGUUGUCCAGGUCACCGCUACUGAUGCUGAUGAUCCAACAUAUGGGAACAGCGCUAAAGUUGUGUAUAGCAUACUACAAGGACAGCCCUAUUUUUCAGUGGAAUCAGAAACAGGUAUCAUCAAGACAGCUUUGCUCAACAUGGAUCGAGAAAACAGAGAGCAAUACCAAGUGGUCAUCCAGGCCAAGGACAUGGGGGGCCAGAUGGGCGGCUUGUCGGGGACCACCACGGUCAACAUCACGCUGACUGAUGUCAACGACAACCCUCCUCGCUUCACCCAUGGUACCUAUGAGUUUAAAACCCCUGAAUCUUCUCCACCUGGUACACAAAUUGGCAGAAUCAAAGCCAGUGAUGCUGACGAGGGAGAAAAUGCUGAAAUUGUGUAUAGCAUUACAGACGAAGAGGGCCUGGGCAUGUUUGAUGUCAUCACUGACAAGGAAACCCAGGAAGGGAUUAUAACCGUCAAAAAGCUCUUAGACUUCGAAAAGAAGAAAAUAUACACUUUCAAGGUGGAUGCCUACAAUCCUUACGUGGAGCCCAAGUUCGACCGCCUGGGUCCAUUCAAAGAUUCAGCCACAGUCAGAAUCAUGGUGGAGGAUGUAGAUGAGCCUCCUGUCUUCAGCAAAACAGCCUAUGUCAUGCAAGUGAGAGAAGAUGCUCAAGUGAACACUACAAUAGGUUCAGUCGCAGCUCAGGAUCCAGACGCUACCAGGAAUCCUGUCCGGUACUCUGUGGAUCGACACACAGAUAUGGACAGAAUAUUCAACAUUGAUUCUGGAAAUGGCUCCAUUUUUACAUCGAAACUUCUUGACCGAGAAACACUGUUGUGGCACAACAUUACCGUGAUUGCAACAGAAAUUAAUAACCCAAAGCAGAGCAGCCGAGUACCUCUCUACAUUAAAGUUCUAGACGUGAAUGACAACGCCCCAGAAUUUGCUGAGUUCUACGAAACCUUUGUUUGUGAAAAAGCCAAGGCAGACCAGUUGAUUCAGACCCUCCGUGCUGUUGACAAGGAUGACCCAUUCAGUGGGCACCAAUUCUCAUUCUCUUUGGCCCCUGAAGCAGCUGCUGGUUCAAACUUUACCAUUCGAGACAACAAAGACAACACUGCAGGAAUCCUAACUCGGAAAAAUGGCUAUAACAGACACGAGAUGAGCACCUACCUGCUGCCUGUGGUCAUUUCGGACAACGACUACCCAGUUCAAAGCAGCACUGGGACAGUGACUGUCCGGGUCUGUGCAUGUGACCACCACGGGAACAUGCAGUCCUGCCAUGCUGAGGCCCUCAUCCACCCCACGGGACUGAGCACGGGGGCUCUGGUUGCCAUCCUUCUGUGCAUCGUGAUCCUACUAGUGACAGUGGUGUUGUUUGCAGCUCUGAGGCGGCAGAGAAAAAAAGAACCUUUGAUCAUUUCCAAAGAGGACAUCAGAGAUAACAUUGUCAGCUACAAUGAUGAAGGUGGUGGAGAAGAGGACACUCAGGCCUUUGAUAUCGGUACCCUGAGGAAUCCCGAAGCCAUAGAGGACAACAAAUUACGCAGGGACAUCGUGCCCGAAACCCUUUUUCUACCCCGACGGACUCCAACAGCACGUGACAACACCGACGUCAGAGAUUUCAUUAACCAAAGGUUAAAGGAAAAUGACACAGACCCCACCGCUCCGCCCUACGACUCCUUGGCCACCUAUGCCUAUGAGGGCACUGGCUCCGUGGCCGAUUCCCUGAGCUCGCUGGAGUCGGUGACCACAGAUGGAGACCAGGACUAUGAUUAUCUUAGUGACUGGGGCCCUCGAUUCAAAAAGCUGGCAGAUAUGUAUGGAGGGGUGGACAGUGACAAAGACUCCUAAUCUGUUGCCUUUUUCAUUUUCCAGUACGACACUGAAAUAUGUGACAUGGCUAUUUCCUUCUAUUUAUCCAGUACUCUGUGAAGGGUUCUCUAUUCCAGCCCGAUCCAAAAGCCAAUGGCUGCAGUCCCCGCGGAUCCAAUGUUAGAGACUUUUUUCUAGUACACUUUUAUGAGCUUCCACGAGGCAAAUUUUUAUUUUUUAGUGCAUCCUGUUAACCAAGUCAGUGCAACAGGUGCGAGCCGGAGGAGGGACCAAGGAGCUGCCUUCUCCUGUACUGUCUGGGGACAGGUUUAGAACAUGCUCAUUAACACUGGCCUGGAGUUUCACACACUCCAACUCAGGUCAGCUAACUGCUCUGACUGUACAUUCUACAAGCCAAUGGGACAAGGGGGUGUGCUUUAUUGGGGAAAUACAAAUAAGUGAGGGAUAACGGUGGAGUCGCUCCUGAUGUGUCAGCUCGCAAGGUUGGAAUGAGCUCUGGGAGGGUGUGUGUUUCUGUCACAAAGAACCUAAAGUGACAUCUGCCCAUCCUGUUUGCUCUUCAAGAACUCUUUCUGGCGCCAACUACCAUUUCAAACAUCAAAAUCACCACUGUUUAAGCUUCCUAU